CUAGCCAUAAAGCGAUGUGCCGUAUUCCGGUUGGUGGCUGUUGUGGAGCUGCACUUGUACCAGGAUGCGGAUGUUUACAUUAAAUACCUUUUUAAUAACGUCUUUGUUACUUUUAUUAGAGCAACAAGGCGUCUUUGCUCUUCAAGAUGUAACUGCGGAGCUGUUCGGGAACAACAAGUAUGGGACGGUGGCGGCGUUUGGUGACUUCAACUCGGAUAAACAGACUGACAUCUUUGUCAUCAGAGAGCAGUCUGAGUUGGUGAUUUUCUUGGCUGACUCCAAAUCUCCUUACUUCAAGCCCAAAGUUAACAUCACCAAGGACAUGUUGAAAAGGGAGAAAAUCACCAGUGUUGUUCCUGGAGAUUAUGAUGGAGACUCUCAGAUGGAUGUCCUUCUGACAACUCAGAACAUAUCUUUAAAAACAUCAGUUUUCAUUUUCUGGGGAAACAACCACACAAUAGAAACCUCUAAGAGGCAUACCAUGAAUUUAACCUUAACAGAUCAGCCUCUUGUUAUGGAUUUCAAUGGCGACAUGAUUCCAGAUGUCUUUGGGGCGAUCACGCCUCCCCAAACUGUAGUCUGCUAUCUUACCAAAAGGAUUCAAGAGUGCAGGGAUGAUUUUAAUAAAUCAAUCAUAAUGCGCACUCCUCACUCUAAUGCUUUCAUUGACCUCAACAAGGACUUCACUGCUGAUUUAUUCCUGACAACUGAAGGUGGGAACUUUGAGACCUGGCUAAAUAAGGAUGGGGCUUUCACCAAGGGGGAAGUCGUCUCAAGUCCAACAGAAACCAUCGGGCAGUCCUCCUUUGUCGACUUUGAUGGAGAUGGCUAUCAGGAUCACCUUCUCCCCGCAUGUUUGGAUGUAGCCUGUCAGCAGAGUAUCAUCUACAUCGCCAAGCGGAGCUCAAAAGAGUGGGUGCCGGUCCUGUCCGAUUUCAAGCACAGGGACACCGUUUGGGGCUUUGUAUCAGGAGACCCCACCCAUCCAGUGGUCCUGCAUCUCGGCGACUACAACCUGGACGGCUUCCCUGAUGCACUAGUGAUCCUUCGCAACACCAGCGGCAGUGAUCAGCGGGCCUUCCUGUUGGAGAACAUUCCCUGUAACGUUCCCAACUGCAGCAGCGUGGGACGAAUGUUCCACAUCCGCUGGGACCAAACGGAUCUGGGAGCGAUCCAGAAGGCCGUCAUGGCUACUUUCUUUGACAUCUAUGAGGACGGAAUAUUAGACAUGCUCAUCCUGAGCAAGGCAGAGGACAAAGACGACUUAAUGAUCCACGCAUUGAAGAACAAUUUUGAAGCUGACGCCUAUUUUGUUAAAGUGAUGGUGCUCAGCGGCCUCUGCUCUAACGCCUGUCCUGAAGAUGUCAAGCCGUUUGGUGUGAAUCAGCCAGGCCCUUAUGUCAUGUACACCACAGUGGACUCUAAUGGCUACUUGAAAAAUGCCUCAGCUGGUCAGCUGAGCCAGUCGGCUCAUUUCUCCCUGCAGCUGCCCUACACUGUGCUGGGCCUCGGACGCAGCGCCAACUUUCUGGACCACCUCUUCGUCGGCAUUCCCAGGAAGCCUGGAGAAACGGAAACGAGGAAACACGAGUGGACGGCCAUCAUUCCCAACUCUCAGCUCAUAGUCAUUCCCUUCCCACACAAUACUCCCCGCAGAUGGAGCGCUAAGUUGUACCUCACUCCUAGCAACAGCGUCCUGCUGACGGCCAUCGCUCUAAUCGGCGUGUGCGUCUUCAUCCUUGUGAUUAUCGGCAUCCUCCACUGGAAAGAGAAGAAAGCAGACGACCGAGAGAAGAGGCAGGAAGCCCACCGCUUCCAUUUUGACGCCAUGUGAAGGAGCAGCGCUGCGCCACAGAAACACGCCCCAAACCCCCCAGCCCCCAUCCAGAUGCUUAGUCUGACCCACACUCAUUUCAGGGGCCAAUAAAUUGAUACUCAUGUGCCCUAAAGCGUUUCUUUUUUCUUUUCUUAUUUUUUUAUAUCCUUUUCAGUCAAUGAGACGGAUGUGAAAUAUUUAUGUCGCAUUUGAUUUAUUCAUUCCAGUGUUUGAAGCUCGUCCUGACGGGGAGCACUGUGGAGGUUUAAGCAGCGGCUUCUCCGGACAGACUCAGCAAAGAUUUGUGUUUGCACGUAAAUCCACAUCUGCUUGUUGCUAUGUUUCGUGUUUUUUUUCAUUUAAGUAAAACUUUCAUUAAAGGUUAGAAUCUCUUGGGUCAAGUGUUGAAAGUGGGUAAUGUUAACUUGAAAUCCAUGUUAUUUCUUGUCAUUUUUGUAUUUUUUGUUUCCCACUUCUGGCUUUUUCUGUGAAUUUGAACAUUUUCACAAGAAGCUGAAUGGAAAAUGAAUAGAAGUGGACCGGUACAAGUCGAAGCUUUGCUGACUGCAAAUUCAUAUUUUCCCCAGCUGAUUGUAUCAAAGCUUAUCACAGAAG